UUUUAAACAGUAUUAUUUUGCUUGUGUUUUGAACCGGUUAUUGCUACGGAGCCAAUCACGUGAGUGUGGAAAUGUAUCGUAAAUGUUGGUAGACAUUACUGGCACUUGCUUAGUUUCGACAUUCUGUCGCGCCACGAUUCAAGAACGAAGAGGAUUCGUAUUUCGUGAAGAAUACCAGCAACAUGGUUUCGUUCGGUAAUAGCAAAACCACCUCGUUGCUUUAUACAAUCGUUGGUCUGGCAGUAUACGCGUCGAUCAUUCAAGCAGAACUGAGACAAGUGAACGUGAUAUUCAGACACGGUGACAGAGCGCCGGAUGAUACUCCCCUCGAAAUGUAUCCAAACGAUCCCUACAUCAAUUUCGAUUUUUAUCCAGAGGGUCGAGGUCAGCUGACUAAUCAAGGAAAACUGCGAGAAUUCAAACUGGGAAGGGUGCUCAACGAAAUGUACUCAGGUUUCUUGGGGGAUCUCUAUACAGCGCAGUCCGUCUCUGCUCUGAGCUCGGAUUAUGACAGAACCAAGAUGUCCUUGCAACUCGUCCUGGCAGCGCUUUUCCCACCAAACACAGAACAAAAGUGGAACUCACGUUUGAAUUGGCAACCGGUUCCCGCGAGAUACUUGCUUCGCGUUGAAGACAAUAUCUUCCUGCCCGACGAUUGUCCCGGCUAUUUGGCAGAAUACAACCGAGUCUUGAAUUCGCCCGAGGGAAGAGCAGCGUUGUCGAAGUUCGACGGGUUUAUGCAACAAUUGACAACAUGGACAGGAAAGAACAUAAGUACCCCAUUGGAUAUGUACUAUCUCUACCAUACACUGAUGGCCGAAUACUCUCGCGGCCUUCCUUUGCCAUCGUGGACGCGUUCGAUUUUCCCUGAUGGCGAAUUGAAAAAUGCAACUAUAUUCGCUUAUGAUAUUGGCAGUGCCACACCUACGCUUAAGAAGCUGUACGCGGGACCGUAUCUCCUUCUAGUCACGAGAACCAUGCUGAACCUCAUUACCGGAACAGCUCAAAAUCCGCGAAAGAUGUACCUGUACAGUGGACACGAGACUAAUAUUGCUGCAGUUUUGCACGCGUUGGAUGUCUACAAGCCUCACGUUCCUGCAUAUUCCAGUGCUGUGAUAAUGGAGCUCCAUGAAAUAAAUGGGGAUUUUUACGUCAAGGUUCUCCAUUACUUGGGCAUACCGUCUAGAGUUGAAGAGGUUAAAUUACCGAACUGCGAUAUUAUGUGUCCUCUGGAUAUGUAUUUGCAAAUGACCGAGGACUUGAUGCCGACGCAAGAGGAGCUAACGUGCGACAAGGGUACAACGAACAUGUCGGAGGAAGUAGAUAUAAUAAGAUUCAAUACGAUAGUCGCAUCAAGAAUAUCUAAGGCAAAUACAAACUAAACGAAAAGUUCAAACGUAACAUUUUGAGAUGACCCUCGUCUCGCUAAACCAAAGAGAAAAUGUCUACGGAAAUGCUAAAUGUAAUUUUCUAGUUAAAGCGUGUCUAGCAUCUUAAUUAAUUUUUGCUGCCGCAACAGAAACUUUCUCUGCGACUAGAGAUAUUUAUAUAAUAUAUAUUUAUUUAUAAACUUUAUGUACGUACUUGUACACGUCAAUACAUAUAUGUAAACUUUGAGUUUCUUUUUAAUAAAUAGUGUCUAAAUUA